UCCGAGGUGUCGCGCGGUCGACGGUGAAGUGGUGGGGAUGUUACUCCGCGCGACAAAUGGAUCCCGCGGCAGUACGUCGGCGUAGCUCGAGCGGCUCGGAGCUGGUCGGUCCGGUAUUAAAUUCGUCCUUCGGUCCUUGACCUACGACAAGGCUUAUCAUCGCGCUAAUAGUAAACCAGGCCGUGUUUUAAAUAAGAGAUUUAUCAUCCCUCAGUGUGUUACGAGAUUGUUUAAGUGUCACGACGGUGGUGUUGAACGUUUGUUGAUAACAAUUUUCCUUUCUUUUUUUUUUUCUUUCUUUUUAUACUCUCAUCUUUAUCAGAGUGAGUUCAACCCUUUGAGAAAAGCAGGUUCGCGUACAUAACCUCAUCGAUGUUCUUCUCUCGCUACCCCUUGUCCGAGGAGUUGAACACUCGAGUUACGAUGUUUUCCAUUGAUUUUUUACAUUUACGAAUUUUUCUUUUAUUCUUUUGUUAUUAUCAGUGAAAUAAUAUUGAACAUCGAAGUUAAACUAAGUGUGUAUAAGCGAAGGUGGUGGAGAAGGAAGAAAAAGAAGAAGAAGAAGAAGAAGAUAUUAGCAUUAGAACCACCUCUGCAAUUACCAUACCUGUUAUCUCAUCUGUAUUGAUACACCAUCGUCUUCGUCAUUAUCACUGUUAUCAUCGUGGUAACUAGAAGCGCAAGAAAAGCAUACAUCGUGUGUGUCCACGGCCUAGUGACCUGACCUUGAGUCGGCCCGACCAGGUACAGGAAUUUCAAGAAUGUGAACAACUAAACUUAACGCAAAUGCCCAACAAGGCACGGCCUCGUCGUGAGUGGUCUACCCUGUCCCCCAUAGAUGUCUUGUGGAUGCCCCGCUCCGCCAUGAGGCCGGCCGAGGGCGACACGUCGGACUGCAUACUCGUGGUCGGUAUUUCAAGGCCAAAGAUGGCCGCGGCAUUCCUCACGGUCGCCCUAUUAUCCCUCUUCCUAACCUUCCACGUGCUCUAUGACAGCGCCGUGUACAGUUUACAUGCUGCUUCAGCCGUCGAAGGACGUGCGAUUGAAUUGGUAACCCAGGUUCGUGCAACACCACCACUUUUGUUCUCCAGUAAGGUCCAUUAUACACGUACGAGUCGUCACCUACCUCAAGCGAUCAUUAUUGGUGUAAGGAAAUGCGGCACCAGGGCACUCCUCGAGAUGCUUUUCCUACAUCCGCAAAUACAGAAAGCAUCAGGAGAAGUACAUUUCUUUGAUCGUGACGAUAAUUAUGGGAAAGGACUCGAAUGGUACCGUAGGAAAAUGCCAUAUUCCGUUAGAGGUCAAAUUACCAUCGAGAAGAGUCCAAGUUAUUUCGUUACACCUGAGGUACCAGAGAGAAUACGAGCAAUGAACGCCAGCGUGAAGUUAUUAUUGAUUGUGAGGGAGCCCGUUACCAGAGCCAUAUCAGAUUACACGCAGUUACGUAUUCAUGCUGCUACAGCUUCGACCUUGACUAGCAGCAACAACAUCAACAGCAAUGGCACAUCGUCAUCACGUAGUAGCAACGUUAUUAAUAAUCAACAAUCUCAGCAAGUUCAAGCUACGCGUAGCUUCGAGGAACUGGUGAUACGUCCUGAUGGUACCAUCAACGAAUCCUACAGGCCAGUCGCCAUUUCUCUCUAUCACACGUUCAUGCAUCGUUGGUUAGAGGUAUUUCCAAGAGAACAAAUUCUCAUUGUUAAUGGGGAUCAAUUGAUCGAAGAUCCCGUACCGCAAUUAAGAAAAAUCGAGAACUUUCUAGGGUUAGAGCCAAGAAUAGGAAGGCACAAUUUUUACUUCAAUCACACUAAAGGCUUUUAUUGUCUACGCAAUGAAACCUCAGAAAAAUGUUUAAGAGAAAGCAAAGGUCGUAAACAUCCAAGAGUUAGUCCAGUUGUUGUCACCAAACUCAGAAGGUUCUUCAACGAACAUAAUCAGCGAUUUUAUGAACUGGUUGGCGAGGAUCUCGGCUGGCCCGAGGAAUAGCCAUCAUAGAUAUUUCGAUGAACGUUCGUUCUUGAUGAUCUACGUCUUCACUCCCUCUCUUCUUUUUCAUUUUUUUUAUACUAGUUCUGAGAUUAUCAUCAAACUCAAAGAUAGAGAAAAUAACAUCGUUCAUAUACCCAAUUAAUCUUAGUCGACUGAUUAUAAUCAAAUCCGCAUCAUCUACUUGCGACAAUACAAUGACUAUCCUUACGUAUUUUCACAUUCUCUACCUCGUUUAAUCAAAGAAAAGAAAACGCGUGCCAUUGGAGCUUCGGAUAACGUGUCAAAAGAAAACUUAGACGUCCUUUAAUCGAUCUAAAAUAAACUCGCAGGCGAGAAUCUCGAAUUGAAAGUUACAAGAAGUUAUUGAACGUUGAUUGUACUAUAAUUCGUUCGAUAGAAAUUCCUACAAGAAGAUGGGACUGUGUAACGUGAUAUAGUCACGUGAUAUUGUCACGUGACAGUACUGACCACGUGACUUGGACGCCAUGACAGCGUCCAUCGUUCAUUCUUCCAAAACUUGACUCUAAUGUCAUGUCACGUGGCUAGCUAGGGAAUUUUUUUUGUUUAUUAAUUAAAAAAAAUAGAAAGAGAGAGAGAGAAAGACACGUAAUUUUGAUCAAGAACGAACGUUGGAUCAGGAUAUAUACUUCCAUGAUUCUUUAAAAUUGGUGGUAUCAACAAAAAUACGGUGCUAAUGUACUACUUCCUACAAUUAUCCUUCGAUUUGUUUAUACUUCCGUACAGAAGUAUAAAUAAUUGCGUGUAUAUCGAAGGUUCAAAUAUUCGUUUCGUUGUGCUCGAUUCAGAGACUUUUUAUAAUUACCCUUUCUUCGAUCGGUUAUAAUUAAAAACUAUAUUCGAAUCGAUUUAAUAAUUAAAAACA